AGAUGAUGUUCUUCGAAUGUCUCAGAUAUUCGGAUAAUAUUUGACAAUAUAUAUAACCCUGACAAGAUGCCAUAAAACUGCUUGCCCUCUCGUGGCGCACAACUCAGGUAAAGCAAAUUGGAAUCAAUAAACAUAUAAUAACUAGAAAACCUCUGAACACACCACAUCAAUUAUUAUACAGCUCCAGUAGUCCAAAACAUUCUGCUGGAUAGAGAGCGGAGAAUCUUGUUGUUCCGCCCCGAGGCCCGUCUUCAUCUCGCAUCCUCAAAUUAUUAUGCAAGCGCGAAGCUCUUAACAACGGCCCAGAGACCAGGGAAAAAAAAAAAGAACCACAUGUCAAAGUCUUCCAAGAGGAGGGUUUGAUUACUGUUGUCUCCCAGCAUCCCCGUAGCUGGGGGAAGGAGUUUGAAUUUCAGGAAUUUUAAAAUAUACAGAAGAUGCAGUUCGCCCUACCCCCGCGCAAGCCUUCGCAUAAUGUCUCGUACACGCGCCUCUCACACACCUCCACUCGCCGCAAGUUGAAAGUAGCUGCUGUAUUGGCAGUUGUUGCUUUCUCGUUCUUUUUCUUGCUCUCUCGCCUUUUCUCCUCUUCUUCGUCUCUUGCGUCUUCGGGAGAGGUCAUACCAACCGGGGAGACGAAUAUAGUAAUUGUCACGGUUUUGGAUGAGGAGAAAUUCAGUGACAAGUAUAUUCAACGCAUUAAGCAUAAUCGGGAAGAUUAUGCUAAGCGUCAUGGCUACACAAACUUUUUCGCCAGUACAAGAGAAUACCUUCCCUACCUAGACGGCGCUCCUCGCAGCUGGGCCUUAGUCCCUGCCCUCCGCCAUGCCUACACUUUGUAUCCGAAGGCAUCCCAUUUCUUCCAUAUUUCGCCGCAUGCCGUCAUCAUGAACCCUUCCCUCUCCCUGACUUCCCAUAUCCUCGAUUACAAGCGGCUGGAAUUCCUUAUGAUCAAAGAUAAACCCGUAGUGCCGCCGAGUAGCGUCAUCAAGACAUUUAGUCACCUAAAAGCAAAAGACGUGGACUUCAUCAUCAGCCAAGAUGCGGAAAAUCUGUGCCCUGGUAGCAUGAUCCUGCGGCGAACAGACUGGACUCGCUACUUUCUGGAUGCGUGGUUUGACCCCUUAUACCGCAGUUAUAACUUUGCAAAAGCGGAAACCCAUGCUCUGGAUCAUAUCAUCCAAUGGCACCCCACCCUCCUCGCAAAAUUAGCGCUGAUCCCACAACGUAUUCUCAAUUCUUAUACGACGGAUUCUCCUUCCUUAAUGCCAGACAGCCUGUUCAACGACGGAGACUUUAUCGUUCGGUUUUUGGGUUGCGAUGCCCCUGAACCCAAAAAGACUUGCGAGCAGCAGAUGGAGAUCUUUUGGACGAAAUGGGCCCGGGAGACAAGUAACGCGAAUAGAUGAGUGUAAAAUUUUCUCCUCUUCUCUUUCUAUUUCCUUGCUUUGAAGAAUGUACUCUGUAUGUCCAUGAAAAAUGCUGGCUUUUUCCUAUUAUCUAAAUAAUAUCUGUCGUCCAUUGGGCAUCUUUUUCCCUUUCCCUUUUUUCCCUUUUCUUUUUUUUUUUCUUCUUUUUCUUUUCUGUUCGUUUCAUUUCAUUUACAUAUUUGAGUUUUCAUGAUUGGUUUAGAAUUUUACAUAAAGAUGGAAGGAGCUCAGGAUUCAGAUCUAGAACUGCUGAAUGGCUGUAUCCUGGAGAAAUUUUUUGCUCUUAUGUAUUUCUAAGGUAGUUUGCUACUCUUUUAUUCUGUCUACUCUUUUAGACUACUAUAUUCUACAAGAACCUUAAGCCACCGCCGUGGUUAACUAGUAACGCUAGAUAUCCUCUAUAUACCUACCGUCCAUCCGGUUAGCUGGCACUACCCUAUCCUAUAGUGAUCAAACAUCAUAAGGCAUACUGUACGGCCCAACCUUACUGUAUACGUGUGAACGCUUGCUAUAAGAUAGCGCCUGGUACCAUCCACCUUUGUGACUAGGUGGCUUACAUCUAACCCCCCUUCAGGUUUGGAACCAGCAACUGGCGCAUCGCACGAUGUAUAAUACCUACCUAGAAGGCCAAGGCAUUGGACACGAGGUUAGUAUUUCAAAUUUCUAGAGUAGAACCAGAUACUCGCACCACGAAUUAGCCCGGUUCCAGGCCUCUUAUCCCCUGGCGCCUCUCUCUCGCCCCUUCUCUUAUGUCCUGUUUUUUUCCUUUUUACCCUCUCUCCACACUCCUUUCUUCUCUUUUCAUUUACUUUCUUUACCCCAGAUAUCUCGCUGUCCUGGGCCUGACAACCCCCAACAGGGUCUAACACCCUGCAGCAAUCUGUGCCCACCUGUAAUGGCACCACAAGCAAAACCUCCAGGAAGGAGGAUAAUUUGUACAUAUAAUGUAGAUAGGCAUAGGCAACUAGACUCCGUCUGGCGGUAGACUAGCUACCGUGCUGGCGCGCCUGAUACCCCUAGGGAGGUUUUGUGACCGCGGCGGACUGA